GAUUUUUGCCCUCCAUAAAUAGAGCAGCCAAGAGCAGUAGCGGGUGAGGGAGAGAGAGAGAGAGGGAGAGAGGAUAAAUCGAGUAGGCCAGCAACCAUUGAAUCAUUCCCCUGCUCUUUUUCCUCCGUUUUUGGUGGUUUGUGAGCUUCAUUAGACUCCCUGUGGCUAUAUAUGUACACACAUACCCGAUAGCGGUCGCAUUUUAGAAUCGAAAGCGAGUUGAAGAAUCCCAUAGCGUUCUGCUUGGAUUGCUGCUGAUUAUUCUGACAUGGGUUUGGAGGAGAGAGUUCCAAACCUGCACAACGAGAAAGAAAAAGCUCAAACGUUGACCUUAAGUGUGCAUGCCUUUUCUGACUUAACCUAUGUUUCUCCCGUAGUAUUUUUAUACCUCCUGAAAGAAUGUUAUAUUCAUGGCUCGUGUAAGGCAACGAAAAAGUUCAAAAUUCUUCAGCAACAAGUUCAUCGGGUACUAUAUAAUUCUCCUCAACCAGGACCUGCCACUUUUGUUAUUCAAUGCCUGCAUGUCCUGCCCAUUUUUGGAUUAUAUUCUGAAGGGUUCAGUCACUUGAUUGUAUCUGCUCUUCGUCGUUUUCUAAAACUGGUACCGACCUCAGAAGACACCUUGCAAGCAAAAGUUCUAGCAGCCAAUUUAUUUAUAGAUGUUGUGGGAGGCUUAGUCAAUCAUGAUGAGAGGAUAGUUGUCAAGAUACUUGAAGGUUUUGAUGUCAGGUUGACACACAUUGAGGAAGCAAUUUAUCGAUUAAAGGCCCAAAAUGAUAAUAGAUUUGACACAGCAAAAACAUUUGUUGAACAAUAUAUUUAUAAGUUUGUAGAAUCUCAGUCGUAUAUGACAGCAGUCACUUUGCUAGAACAUUUCUCUAUCCGCCAGUCUGGGCAGUCUUUCCUUCUCAAAAUGAUGCAGAACAAACAAUUUAAAGCAGCUGAAAAGUGGGCAACAUUUAUGGGGAAGCCAAUGUUAUGUGCACUUGUUAAGGAGUAUGUUGAUAGGAACAUGCUAAAGCAUGCUUAUGAGACUAUAAAGAAAAACAAUCUGAAGGAAGAAUUUCCUGAUGUAUACCAUAAAUGCACAGAAAGUUCAUUGAAGAAUUUAGCAGAAAAGGCAUUAUGGGAUAUUGCAGAGGCAAAGACACACGGUGACAGGCAACUUGUUGAAUAUUUGGUUUACUUGGCAAUGGAGGCUGGUUACUCAGAGAAGGUUGAUGAACUCUGUGAUCGUUACUCACUUGAAGGUUUUCUGAAAGGCAAAGAACUUGAGGCCAGUCUCCCACAUGGUAGGUAUCUGCAACUCAAUGAAUUAGUUGUCGAAGGCUUUGUCUGGGUUGAUGAAGUUGAUGGCCUGUGUGAUGCUACAUGCCACAUUGAGGGCUGUAAAGUUGUGGGUAUUGAUUGUGAAUGGAAGCCCAAUUAUGAGAAAGGCAGCAAACCAAACAAGGUUUCUAUCAUGCAAAUUGCUUCUGAUAAGAAAGUUUUCGUCUUUGAUUUGAUAAAGUUAUUUGAAGACGUACCUGAUAGUUUAGACAACUCUCUAACUCGGAUUUUGCAGUCUCCUAGAAUUUUAAAACUUGGUUAUAACUUUCAGUGCGAUAUAAAACAGUUGGCUCAUUCAUAUGGAGAAUUGAAGUGCUUCAAGCACUAUGAAAUGUUACUUGACAUUCAGAAUUUAUUCAGAGAACCCCGAGGUGGUCUGUCGGGGCUUGCAAAGAAAAUAUUAGGAGUGGGUUUGAAUAAAACAAGACGGAAUAGCAAUUGGGAGCAACGGCCUUUGAGUCAGAACCAGUUGGAGUAUGCUGCUCUUGAUGCUGCUGUACUCAUUCACAUAUUCCAUCACAUUCAUAAUCAUCCUCAUCCUCAGCCUGCCAGUGUCUCAGAGGGGCAUGACAAAAUUGAGUGGAAAUCCUAUAUUGUUUCUUACAUGGAUAACUUCAAAAAGCCAAAAAAAGGACCUAAAAGUAAAAAGGCUUCAGAAGAUAAGUGGGGUUCAAUAACAUCUUGCAUGACGAAUGCUUGUCAACUUAGAUAAGGAUGAAGAAGCGAAUAUAGUGUUUGUCCCAAAUCCUACUCAAACGAGGAACCAAAACAAAGCAUGUGAUGGAGGUCCACAAGUCAAAUUUUCCAUGUCCCCGUAUUAGUAAUGUGACCAGAUGGCUCUGGAAAGUUUCAUCGAAGUACAUGAUAAUGGGAUGUUGAUGACUAGGCUAUUGCUUGAGGGCCCGAGGCAAAUGAAUAUUGUUUUAUCUUUAACUAGGAAUUGUUCGUGCUUUGGCUAUUCAUAAUUUUAGUGUAUAAAUAAUUUUAAUUUAUAUAUAUUUUUUUAAUUU